AUGGACAACUCUGAAACGAAGGAACUUCCGUUGAGGCUUCGAGCCAACACGAUCCCGUCAAAUGGGACUCGGGAUCCCACUCAACCCUCUCAAGAGCCUGAUGCCGGCGACGGCGAUGGAAACGGAGGAGAUCAAGAGGUCCAAGAGGAUCGCGAUUACGGCGAGGUCACCCACGUCCCCCCAGUUGAGGUGAAAAAGAAGAAAAAGAGGAGUAAGAGGCCAGCGAGUCAGCGCGGGUUGGGCAAACCUUCUGGCUUCGAAGAUUACUUCGCCGACGCCCCCUUGACACCAGAACAACAUGCUGAAGAGCAAGAAAUUUAUCAUCCCCGUCUUCCCUUUGUGGACAGAGUCGCUACCGCCAUUGCUCGCUUCGAAAGGAGCCGUAAACUCACCCCACAGCGCCGUGAUGCCCUUUACAAGUAUCUCAUGUACGGUGGCUUGACAGUACGGCCAAACAUCGGCCAAGGGGGCCUAGACACCGAGGGCAUGGACAAGACCCAAAUCGCCCUUGCACUCUCACAGGUUUGGAUCAGUGAGGACAAGCGAAACUUGGGCACUGAGACCAGUGUCUAUGAGGUCGACUUCCUCGGCUGCGCAAAGGGCUUCUUGAGCCGACGUGCGAAGGACAUCUUCGGCCUCGACACUGAAGACGAAGUCAAUAUGGUUUGCACCACUUUGGAGAGAUUCAUGGAUUAUCUCCUACAGCAUGACGUCUGCCCCGAGUACAAAGAGGAUGUGCUCGCAGCGCGUGAGCUGUGCCGCAAAGCAGGACCCGAGCUCUGGGAUAUGGCCGAGGCGACACGCCGCCUGCCGGGUGAGUUCAACAUUGCCUGCUCAACUCUGUUCGAUGGCAGCUAUUCGCGCGACUACGACGGAGAAACGUGGUGGGGGAAUUCCGAUGGCGAAGAAGCCGUCUUUGUGGGCUUGAAACCAGACGAAGCACAACAGAUCGUGAAGUUCGGAGUCGCUGGUGCCGCCACUGAGAAAGUCUACACCGCAUUCCUUGCGGGUGUGCAGCAAAAGGCGCCGAAGAUGAUGGACGUCGUCAAGAUAGAGGAGCGUACCGGCUUCGAAAUCACACGCAUCGAGCCUCCCACAAAGGCAUGUAAACAGAUCUACACGAGCCACUCGCAGCACUUUCGCCCCGUCGGCUGCGUCUACGCCAAACCAUGGAAGAAUCCUGACGCUCUACCCGAAGAUCUCACUCCGGCUGAGAAAGAAGCAUUGUCCCCGCCAUCGGUUCAAGCUGCGGAGACGGAGUACGUCUUUUUCAUCGAAUCGAUCCUCCAGUCCUGCCUGCGCGUAGGCACCAAGGUCGAAGCCACCGUCCGAACACUGGGAUGCGGAAUCACCUUUUUCGAUGAGGUGCUGAACGUGUACCCCUCGUUCGACGAGUUUCUGGUCAACGAGAUGAUGGUAGGGUGGAAGUCGCCAAGGCCAGUGAAGGGCGCGCUGGAUUAUGUUUCUGGGGAUGACAGUGACGGUGGUGAGGACGACGGCGGCGGUGAGGAGGGCGGUGAUGGUGAAGUCGGGAAGAAUAUGGCAUCUCCAGCAGACGAAGAGGAGCAGUCGAAGUGA